GGGGGAGGUGGGGGAAGACGGGUGGGUGGAGGCAAGAUGGCGGUGCAGGCGGUGCACCUGGAGGCCGACGCUUUCCUGGUAUGCCUCAACCACGCGCUGAGCACUGAGAAGGAGGAGGUCAUGGGGCUGUGCAUCGGCGAGGUUGACACCAGCCGAAUUGUUCAUAUCCAUUCUGUGAUCAUCCUGCGCCGCUCUGAUAAGAGAAAAGACCGUGUGGAAAUUUCACCAGAGCAGCUUUCAGCUGCUUCUACUGAAGCAGAGAGGUUGGCUGACAUGACAGGACGUCCCAUGAGAGUUGUGGGCUGGUAUCACUCUCAUCCUCAUAUUACUGUCUGGCCAUCGCAUGUCGAUGUCCGCACACAAGCUAUGUAUCAGAUGAUGGACCAAGGUUUUGUAGGACUUAUCUUUUCCUGCUUCAUUGAGGACAAAAACACAAAGACAGGCAGGAUUCUCUAUACCUGCUUCCAGUCCAUUCAGGCCCAGAAGAGCUCAGAAUAUGAAAGGAUUGAAAUUCCUAUUCAUGUUGUCCCCCAUGAAACCAUUGGGAAAGUAUGUCUGGAAUCAGCUGUAGAGCUGCCCAAGAUCCUUUGCCAAGAAGAGCAAGAUGCCUACAGGAGAAUUCACAGCCUCACCCAUCUAGACUCCGUAACCAAGAUUCAUAAUGGCUCAGGCACCAGAGCAGUAAUUUUCCUGGAUGGAUGCCUUUUGGCUGUUAUUUCUUCUUGCAGUUCCUGUACCCAAGCUUCUAGUCUCCAGAGGCAACUGAUACAGUUGAAGGCUGGGUCUCUGAUUUAGCCACAGUGUCUGUUAGUAUGUCUCCAGAUCAAGAGACUCUCUCUUGAGGGUGCGGAAUAGUACUGAGAAGUGUUCAGUAGGUGCAGGCCAGGCCCCAGCACAGUGCGAUAAGUUCCGCCUCUCUGGAAUAGCCAGGACAUCUUUUUUUCAAACAUUGUCUCACUUCAUCAGGAUCCCGCACUUGUUCAGGAGUGAAGUCCCAAACCAUCAGUGAUGACAAGCUUUCUACAUACCUGCCCAUAUUGUCCCAUGUGCCUUGACACCUAUAACCACACUGCUGCAGGGCCUGAGUGGUAGGCAGAAACCUACAGCAGAAACAUGCAAGUAAAACAAAUUAAGCAAAACCUGCUGCACAAAGUGAAUUUGCAGAAUCUGCAUGCGCAUUCUGAAGAGACACCAUCCCACUCCAAAUGCCUCCUCCACUAACUGGAAAUGCACAAACCUGCUCUACAGCCUGAAUAUGCAAAAAACUUGCUGCACUAAGUCGAUAUGCUCAAACCAGCUGCGCAGACAUGCUCAUGACAGAUGCACUCAACUCCUUAACCCAGCUAGUGGUAGUUUGGUACAGGCUCCAAAGGAGGUAAAGGCCUAAGCCAUAACCGGGCCAAGAACUUCUCUAGUUCUGUUCUGUUCUCUAAAACCCGCAGAGGAGCAGAGAGACACGGUGAGCAUCAAUGCAUAUGAACUUGGAGCACCAAUCAUGUGAUUAACACAUGAAUAUUGGGUGGCUUUUCCAAGACUCAUUUAUCAAGGAACAAAAUAAGUGUGGGUACAAGUCGUCUCAUGCCUACCUUUUCCAUCUCAUGUAAUUUGGCUAAAAGCCAACCACUUUCAAAGAAUUGAGCCUUCUUUGAGCUCUCUCUGCUGAGAAGCCUAGCUGCAUGAUGGUGAUCUCCCCUUGAGCUGGGACACCUCUCAAGGGUGCUUCUUGAGGCAGAGUGUCCUUUACUGAUGGCAGAUCUUUGGUAAGUGAUUAAUAUUGUGCACAACCUUGUGUCUUGGUAACUUUGAUUUUUGUCUUGGUAGUUUUGAACCAUUGUUAUACCCUUUGUGCAGUACAGUAAUAGAGCGAACCUUGCCACUGAAUUUUGUAAGUCACACUUUUACAGCAUCGUAUUUCCAUAAAACCACUUUUGCUGAUACCUAUGACAGUGUUUCUAUAAACGAUCUAAAUUGCCUAUUUGUGACAGCACCUCAGUGGCCCUGAUGCUCACUGCACAGCUGAAAAUCUCAUGUCAUUCCAUGCCAUGUCCUGUGUCUCUCCUGCUCUGGCCUUGCUGUGGUUUGGAUCCCUUUGUAGCUGACAUGCCUCCAUGUCCUUUGACUUCUUUUUGAAAUGUGGCACUGAAGUGGAAGCAGUGGUUGCCUGAAGCAGCACUGUGAAGGAAAUAUUGCCCAGCUCCAAAGGAGAUGGAGCAGGAGAAGAUUUGAGCACAGGAAGAUGCCCAAAACUAAAUGCCCAACUUGAAAGAGCUGAAGUAUAACCUAGUAGAACUGUUGGCUCUUCUGCUUUUGCCAUUGCUGUUAUCUGGCAACAGAAAAGCCUCUGAUGGGCAGAGCUGUGUCCUGUGCGGCAGCCAGGGGUAAGUGAACAGCACUGCCGUGUUGGGGUUUUUUUUUUUGUCUCACCAGAUGCUGCAAGUGCACAUGCUGACCCUAGAGAAGUGCCUGAAGCAGGGGCACUGCAGAUUCACAGGAGGCUGGGGAUAACGUGUCACCAUAUAAGCUCUGUGUUGCUCAGAUUUUGCAGUGGGGACUCACCACCAGUGAAGGGACUCACCUCAGCUGGAGCUUUUUGUUUGCCGAAAGACUAACUCACCUCACUGAAGCGGGAGACAGGCCAGGGAACAGAUGCAUCAAUGUCUUUCUGUGGAGACCUAAAACUUGUACAGAGGUGUUUCACUUGGCCUUUUGAACUCAAGAGUCAUACUGUGCUUGUUUUACUUGGGCUGAAUGCAGUCCUGCCUGGCCAUCCCAGGGCUGCGUCUGAUGCUGGGUGCUUUUGCUGGACCUGAUCCUGUUAUCCUGAAAAGUAGCUUGAAAAAUGAACCCACUUCACACGAUCUUUCAUAAAAGGCAGAUGAGGUUUCCUUGUCUCCUUGUCUUAUUUCAUACAAUUCAGAUAAAUUUUGGGGCUUUUCUACUCCCUCUUGGAUUCCAUAUAGAAUUAAUUUCUGGUAUUCUUUCACCCUCAUUAUUCCUUCCCCCCUAUUAGGGUUCCAGCCUGGAUCUUUGUUCAGGAGAAAUAUGCCAAUGUUAGGUAUUCCUCCAUGCUGUGGGGUCAGUCCUUCCUUAGCUUUUUCUAGGACAGCCCUUCUUUCCUCAUGGGUAAACAGGUAUUCCAAAAAGGCUUGUAUGUCUCCCCAGUUAGGAUUAUGAGUCGUCAUCAUCAU